AUGUCAAAGAGUGCAGUGUAUUUUGGAGGAGUAGCAGACCACAUCAAACAAGAUAUUCUACAGUUGCUGGGAUAUGGACAAGGGGAGUUACCUUUCAGAUAUUUAGGGAUUCCAUUGGCUACAAGAAAACUUAAGAUACUGGAAUGGCAAUCAUUAAUAUCAAAAGUCAUUGCAAAAGUGACCUCAUGGGUAGAAAAGAAGUUGUCAUAUGGAUCAAAUGAGCUAACUAGAAAAGCACUGGUAGCUUGGAGCAGAAUGUGUAUGCCAAAGACAGCUGGAGGACCUAAUCUCACAAAUCUGAAAGUAUGGAAUAAAGCAGCAAUAGCUAAAACAUGUUGGGAACUACACAGCAAGAAGGAUAUUCUUUGGAUCAAGUGGAUACAUGAAUAUUAUAUAAAGGGAAAGAAGAUAACUGAUAUGGCCAUUCCUCAACAAGGGAGUUGGAUGGUGAAGAAAAUAUUCAACGCACAAGAGGAUAUGGGAAAUGCUGAACAUCAGAUAUCAGGAAACAAGAGCAAGAUUAGGAGUAUAUAUCUGAGUAUGAUAGGACAAUUGCCAAAAGUGACAUGGAAGAACUUAAUGUGUGGAAAUAUAGCCAAGCCAAACGAAAUCUUCAUUACAUGGCUUCAACUCCAAGACAGACUACUUACAGCAACAAGACUUCAAAGCUGGGGGCUACAAAUAGAUACAACAUGUCAUAUGUGCAAGCAAGCAGAGGAGACAAAAGAUCAUUUAUUUGCUGAAUGUGAAGUUAGUAACAGAAUUUGGAGUAAACUAAUGAGAUGGAUCCAAAUUGACUGGCAAGCAGUGAAGACAGGGGGAGAAAUGCAGAAAUGGAUAGAGCAGAGAACAAAAGGAAAGACAAAACAAGCAAAGAUAGUGAAAAUGAUAUAUAUAGAGUUCAUCUAUGCUAUAUGGAUAGAAAGAAAUACUAGAGUUUUCAUGAAGAAAGAGAAAGCAAGUGAUACUAAAGCUAGAGAGAUAGCCUAUAUUUGUCAUGUUCGUGCUGAUGAAGACCUUCAAAGACUGCUGAAUAUUAGAUUUUCAAUUAGUUGA